UUCGAUUUAACCCAUAAAUUUUUAUAGAAUUUUUAUUUAUUUAUUUUUGGGUAGAUUCACCUAAGGAAGUUUUUAUUGUUGUUAUAAAUGUAAAAAUUAAUUUUGUUGUUUUUACACGUCAGCUAAUUUAUGGGUCAGGCACCGAUGAAAUUUUAUAUUUCUGAAAUACCAGAAAUACCCCAAUCUAUAUUUUGUAUUUUCAAAUGUGUGCCUCCUCUCUUCUCUCCUCCCGUCAGUUGCAGACCCAGACGAGAAGCGGAAAUCAUGGGUUACCGGGUACGGAGCUCCGUUUUCACUCUCCGGUUCCUGUUAGUGGCUUUCUCGGUAUUAGUCUUCACUGUCUCCGCCGAACAACUCUCUUUAGUUGUUGGUGAGUCCAGUACACUGCAAAUAUCUCCUAGGUUGCUAGUGAAAAACUCUCCUGGACUGAAGCCAGGCACAGCCGUGCUUUGUGAAAGAGUACAUAUCCAGGGAAUUUCAAGGCUCAAACAUUUGGAUAAGUAUGCGCAUUCAGCGAAGGUGAAAGUCACUCAAAAUAGUUCAAUCAUCCGACAACCACUCCUUGAAGCUUGUUUUCAUAGAUCUCUUGGGAUAGGAAUGUGCCCUCAAUGGAGGUGGGAGAAAGUUUCCCAGGAUUCAUGGGCUCGAGCCAUGUCACCUUUUGACCACAAAAUUUUAGAUGUACGGGUGAUUGGUUUAUCCUCGGAAACCCUUGAGGUGUCAAUUGAAGAAGAAUUUUUCGUAUACCGGUUAAUAUUUUUAAUCCUGGGCACUGUGUUAUUGAGCUUGGCUUCUGCCCUGAGCAAAUCCUUAGUCUUUUACUACAGCAGUGCCAUGGCUGUUGGAAUCAUCCUUGUUGUACUGAUAGUCCUUUUUCAGGGGAUGAAGCUUCUCCCAACUGGACGGAAGAGUUCACUUGCCAUUGUUCUAUAUUCAUCUCUUCUUGGUUUUGGAUCCUUUCUCCUAGGCUACUUUCCGAGGCUGUUGCGGCUAAUUCUUAGGGAGAUGGGAAUCAGUGAAGAUAUGUACAAUCCUUUGGCGAUCUUUCUGCUUGCAUUUCUUUUUCUGGCUGGAGCAUGGUUGGGCUUUUGGGUUGUCCGCAAGCUUGUUUUGAUGGAAGAUGGAUCAGUUGAUACCAGCACAUCAUCUUUUGUUGCAUGGUCCAUCCGCAUUCUGGCUGGAGUUAUGGUUCUUCAGAGCUCGUUGGAUCCUUUGCUGGCUGGAGGAGCAUUUAUAUCUGCAGUAGUAGUUUCACUAAUACUAAAGAAAACAUUUAGGCUGAAGUUCUUGCGCAGGAUCUUCAAGAGAUUAUUCAAAUUGGUGAAAAAGGGCUUCAAAGGAGUUCAAGCUCAUGCCCCUGAGUUAUCACCAGUUGAUGAUCUCGAUGAAUUUCUGUACGAGAGACCUGAAGCUUCAAAAUUCCUUAGACACCGAUACAAGCACUUAACAUUGAAUUCAUGCAGUUCUCCUAAGCAAGGUAUAACCAGGACACCACCUGGUCAGCUUUCAAGUCCUGGUUUUUUCCCUUCUACCUUCCAUCAGACGCCUGAGAGGAGGAAUUUUUCCAAAGAUGAGUGGGAAAGAUUCACUAGAGACUCCACAGAAAAGGCAGUUGAGGAACUUGUUUCUUCCCCUGAUUUUGGAAAAUGGGUAGCCAAAAAUGCCGAAAGAAUAAGUGUAACUCCCAUUACUUCUCGUCAGCGUAAAAGAUGGAGGUUCCUUUGGUUUGGAUCAGCCUCUUGAGAGUUAACAUAACCAAAUUUUGCUUCCUUUGGUUUCUGAGCAAGCCAAUACGAUCUCGUUGAAAGUCAAUGUUCUGAGGAAGUUGCCACUCAAUUGCUGAAACUGAAAGAAAAAAAUCAUAACGGGUUUCUAGUUUCCGAUUCGAAGUCAAUAACAAAGGAACACGAUCAGCCUGAUGUUGUAACAGUUAGGAUCUUAGUUUAGUCUGUGCAUACUACCGAGCCUUUCAUCAUUUUUACUGCGAGGAAGUUUGAAAUGAGUGGCUUGAACUCCAGGGGUGUGUAUUAAUCCGGAAGAUGAUACAGAUGCCUGCCCAGUAACUCUGUUUGCCAUGAUGUCUUCCCCAAUUUCUUAUCAUCUCAUCCUUUUCAAAUUUGUGUAGCAAGUAACCCAGAGUAUUUACACUUCGUAAUCUGGAGAUGUUUGUAAACCUCGUCAAGCAUUUUUAGUUGAUUGAUUCUAAUAGUACUUAGUUGAGUGAUUACAGUAAUAUAAUGUAUUUAUCUUUACAUCGAGUGUUGACUUUCUAGCCUGUCCUUCAUUUUCUCCACUGUCAAGGUUCUUUCUCACCAUGGACUUGUCUAAUCAAUCGUAUAUAUUUGGUUUGCAUGAACGUGCAUUGUUAUUCUUUCGUUAGCAAGAAGAGAAAAGCAGAGAGAAUAUGCUUGGCUUUCUGAAUGGCUUCCGAAUCCAGACACGCCUCGCCAUUGCCGCCUUCAAAAGGAGCUCCGCUCUCUAUAAAACCACCCCCACACUCCUCAUCCCCUUCAACGUAUCCAUCUAAUUUCUCUUUACUCAUCGACAACAUCACCGAAGUAUUCCAACAUGAGCAAUUACAAUCCUGCAAUUGCUCCACCUCCUCCUCCUGCUCCUCUAGGUUACCCUAAGGAAGGUUAUCCACCGUUAGGAUACCCUGUGGAAGGUUAUCCACCGGGCUAUCCUCCAAAGCAGCCGUACCCAGCACCUCCACCUCCACCUCCACCUCCACCUGCAUCUUAUUAUUCUAAUCCUUCAAGGCAGGAGCCUAGCUUUCUCGAGGGAUGCCUGGCGGCACUUUGCUGUUGUUGCCUAUUGGAUGCUUGCUUCUGAUUGUACGAUCAAGAUUAGCUUCUGAUCAUAAUCGACGGUUCAUAGCUUAUCAUGAGUUACCACUCGUGGAAAAUACCAACAAGAUAUAUAUGUCUGUUGAGAAUCAACCUUAGCUUUAGUAUGAAGCUAAAGACUUGUUUCUCCUUCUAUAUAAUCAUGGAGAAAUAGGAAACGAA